UCAGAAAAAUAUUGUACAUGCAACUGGACUAACCCUAUCUUAUCCGAAAGAAGAAUUAGCUGAAUUAAUAAAAAGACACUUGCUGAAAUGGUUGUCACGCCUAAUGCAAUUGUAGUAUUCACGAAUUUAUCGAAGCUGAAAGUCGCAUAAUAAAAUGGCAUCUGGAGUAGCAGUGAGUGAUGAUUGCAUUAGAGCCUUUGAAAAUAUCAAAAAUAGUAAAGUUCAUCGGUUUGCAAUUUUCAUGAUAGUCGGAAAUAAAAUUGACGUUGAACAAGUUGGCAGCCGUGAUGCCAGCUACGAUGAAUUCUUAAGCCAACUGAAAGCUGGAGAAGGAAAACAGUGUCGAUACGGCGUAUACGAUUAUGAAUACACAUAUCAGCACCAGGGAACUGCUAGCGUGGCCAUAAAACAGAAACUCUUUUUAAUGCUCUGGUGUCCCGACACAGCAUCCGUUUCGAAUAAGAUGAUAUACGCAUCCAGUUAUGAGUCGUUGAAACACGCUUUAGUCGGUAUACAAAAGUAUAUUCAGGCCAAUGACGACGAUGAAGCGUCACAAGAGACGGUUGAAGAGAUUCUACGAUCGACGGAUCGUAAAUAGAAUUGGUUGCAAUUCUUACAAAACAUUAACAUUGCGAAGACAACAAUGUUGAAAAUGAGAUUGAUUUCAUUGUACGUAUUGCAUGUGGCUAACCAGCAUGAAUAUAUUGACUAAUCAUGAGGAAAGAA